AUGUCCUUUAUUGCCAAGGGCUUCAACGCCGCCGUGGGCAGUCUUUUCGCUCCCUCGACUGCGCCCGAGGGCCACAAGAACACAGAAGCCUCCCCAGAGGAAAGCAAUGCUGGUAGUCCGGGCUCCCCCCACGAACACCCACACACGCACCGGGUAAACCACCGAAACACCUACCAAGUCCCCUCCUCGCCAGCGGUUCCUGUGCGUCAGUCGAAUCCUAUAAACUCAGCCGCGUCUGAGUUACGGCGGGCUGGUAAUCGUCGAAGAGAAAGCAAAAGCGAUCUGGAGGACGAGAAGCGGCUUACGGGAAACUAUACGACUCCGGCAGAUGCGGUGAUUAUCGCCCUUCCAAACGCUACCGCACUCAUGAAGCAUAAGCCAAUAACCGGAGGGCAUAGGCCUAUGAACACUAUGACGGGACCGAUGAUCUCCAAUAUUCAAGUGUCACCUCGCCCGGCGCAACGAACCUAUGGCAACAAGUCUGUACGCCUCCCAGUUCAUGACCUAGACGAAGACCCCAUUUACGACGAUGAACAAAUCUCCCCGCGGAAGAGAAGGAAGACAAUCCACGCUUCAUCGCGUUCGGCACCAAUCCAUAUACGGGAGGACGAUCGUUCACCCCCUGCAACGCGUCAACCGCGCCGACCUGUAGAGAAACCUAAGCAUAGUCGCAACACCAUUUGGAACGACCCUCUAGGCAAGUCUGAGUUCCUGCAGGUGGAUGAGAUGGUCAACAGCCACUCUUCUAAACGCCACGACCGCCGGACUUCGUUGACAUCUUCGGAAGGUAAACUUGGACGACCCACGGCAGCACAACCCACUUCCGGAGCUCCUGUGCGAAUAGAACUCUCUGAUGAUGAUGACUUGAACGGGAGCCAUUCCCCAAUUCAUCGUCACAAGCAUGUGACGGACGAGCUUUCUGCUGCUCCUAAAAGCCCCAUUGGAAGACGAACGGCCAAACACGUCGAAGGACCUGAACGAACAUCGCCAUGCUUCUCGAAUACCAACGGAGCGAAGCUUGCGCAUUCGCCCAGUGGGGGGGCACACAACACUCACACCGAUUUCAAGGCCUUCAUUCAUACCGAUCCGCAAAGACAUAAAACCAAAGAACAGAGGACACCUCAUCAGAGACUUUCAGGUCAAUUCCGUCGGUAUGAGAGUACCCCUGAUGAUGAAAUAUCGAUCCAGCACGGGAUGUCUUCUGGGCAUCGUCGAAACGACUUGAACAAGCGUCCAUCUGAAAUUCCCUCAACCACCGCUCGCUCUCGGGCCCAGCAGAGGCGAGGCCAGAGAAAGAAGCCCGAGUGUCGCUUGAUGUACUUUGCUACCCACGCGAAGGCUCUCCGAGGCCCAAAUGUCAGUCUCAUCUAUUCCCGUGACGAGGAUUGUUACUACGUCCGAGACCUUGUGUCCGAAUCUUCUACCCACGAAGCAGUUUCGAGGGUUGAGCACAUAAAAGCUACGAGAGUUUUUGAGUGUGCUGAAUUGAAAAGCCUCCGACUCACUGGACCCCGAAGUGGUUUGCAAGUACUUUGGUACGAUUUGCAGUUCGAGGAUGAAGAGCAGUACUUUAUAUUCCUGCAAAGCAUGCCCGAUAUCGGGGUCAAGAGGGUGCAGAAGUCAAGCACUGAAAUGAUAAAGAUAUUCAGGAAUCCUCUCGAUCAAGGUGUUCCGCCACCAAAAGACGAAGAGAUAGCUCUACUUGAAGCAAAUAAGGAAAGGCGUGCUGGGGAAUCUAGCCACCAUCAUGAAACGUCCGAAAGCAAACCGCCUAGAAAGAGGUUGUCAACUGCUCUGAAAUCGCAGGUAGCCGAGGAUAACACAGCAAAGAAGCCACGGAUCGAUGGUGCGGAGGGCAAGUUUAACAAGAUGGAAGUGAGUCCAAGGCCACCAUCAAGCUACCAGCGGAAAACGCGCGGAAGUCUCUAUGCAAACUCAACAGACGCGUUCCGUGACCUGUCUCCAUCUCGACCGGACCAUGGUGUGCUCGAGAAGGACAGAUACUCGGUCAAUCCCGGCCUUGGACCCAGGUGGGAAAAGCCCGUUGAAUACCCUCUAGUCGGACGCCGGAGAGCCACGGUACCUUACGACGACCUGGAAAAGCUAGACGACGGCGAGUUCUUAAAUGACGCUCUUAUCGAAUUUUACAUGCUCUGGGCAUACGAGCAAGCCAAGCUCCCCUCCGGGCAGGUCCACCUCUUCAACACCUAUUUUUACGAAACACUUUCGAAGAAGCAAAAAGGAGUGACUGGCGUAAACUAUAAGGGCGUCGCAAGAUGGGUGAAGGAUGAUAUUUUCAGUUAUGACUACGUCGUCGUCCCUGUCAACGAAGAGACCCACUGGUAUGUUGCUAUCAUCUGCAAUUUGCCUAACAUUGAAGGCGUUAAAACGAUGGCGACCUCCGCCGACGAUUCAGCGAGGCCGGAGAUUAUACAAGUGGAAGGGGAAGACCCCCGUGAGCCUAGCGAUGUUGAAAUACAGACCAACGGGACCGCGUCAAACUACCCUGAAGCCUGUAGCAGGACGGAUGGCCAUACCACCCAAAACGGUACCGCAAUCUCCACCCCUUCGGAAGAAGUGGACCCAGAUCUGUUUGCCGAAGAACAGACGGCCAACGGUAAGGCUCUCUGCGAAUCUGGUGAAUGGCCAGACCCGGAGGAAAAUCGCGAGUCUCAAAGCGUUACGCCUUUCCGAGAAACCUCGGCUGCGGUUCAACGAUUAUCGCUCAAAGACGGUCCUCCUGGUGGCAAUGUUGAGAGUCCAUCGUUGAAGUCCAACAUGGGAAGUGUCAAGAGCAAGAAAAAAUGGCCAGGACCAAGGAAAUACGACCCUGACCAGCCUGUUAUUAUAAUACUUGACUCCCUUGACAUUACUCAUGCGAGGGCUGUAAGAAACCUGAAAGACUAUAUACAAGAAGAAGGCAAAGCGAAGCGCAACCUCGACGCUCAGAUCACCAGUGCCAUGAAUGUUAAAGACAUUCCAAAGCAGAGCAACUUUUACGAUUGCGGGGUGUUCGUGCUUCUUUACUUGAAGGCGUUCUUCCAGAAACCCCGCGAAUUUGUUACAAAAAUUCUCACCCGGGAAAUGAAUCUUGAGGAUGAUUGGGUAGGUGCGUCUGCUAGCGAUAUAAGGGCCGAAAUCCGUAACAUACUCUUCGACCUUCACAAAGAGCAAGAUGCUGCGCGUAAAAAGCAGAGGGCAGAGAAGAAAAAGAGCAAGAAGGAGUCACCUGAGAAAAAGGUCUUACUGAAGGAGAAGAAGCCGGACAAGCCGGACAAACCACCAGAACCACAAACCGUAGCGGAAGCGUCACCUUCUCCCGCGAAGCGACCAGAGAGCCCGGAGGAUGACGUUCCAAAAAGAGAGAAUACUGACUUACGCGACGCUCCCGUCCCGUCAAUUGAGGGCCGGUCUUUCACACCGACCUCGCCAGCUCUCCCAUCCAGGGCCCAAGACUUGGAAGUCACCCCAGACAAUGCUAUCGAGGAUCGCGAUACGAAGCUCGGCUCUACUAUACCAGAAAGCCCUCCUAUUCCUGAACGAUCUUCGCGUCUGGGUAGUGAGGCUGCACCAAUCGAAAUUGAGGACUCCCAACCCACUAUUUCGCAUAGGACUGUUCAACAGCAAGCGAAUGAUGAGCAUGAAUCCGCCGACCUCUGGACACAACUUAAAUCUGCUAGCGCGAAAGAGCCCAGCAUAUCAAUCACGUCACCCAGAUCUAGAAGGAAAAGGAGGACAUUUGAUGUCGACAAGGAUUCCAAGGCUAGCUUUGACUAGAUUGUGGAGGACGAAGAUUUCCCGCCGGCUGGUGCAAUGAGGAAUAAGCUUGGAGGAAUUUUUGAGGGGGAUAGAAGUCCCACCCGAGGCUACCAUGGAUGACUGAACGAUCUACUUGAGGGAGGACCUUUGAUUGUUUUGCUGUGUCAUCUGGACUGAUCGCUUUCUCGCAAUAUUGCUUCCCUGAUUAAUUAACCCUAAGGAAAUAUCAUAGCUGUCGAUAGGGAGGGAGAUAGGAUGUCAUGGGAAGUAUGGCUAGCUCUUUCACUUUCAUUUGUCACUUCAUUUCUGCAUAG